CGCAAGAUGAGGUGUUUUAUAAGGACAGGAAUCAUAGUACUGACAAACGGAGGACAGGAAGCAAUGCAGAAACAAACUCCUACUAUGGCACCAAUCAAGCAAAAUGCUAAAAACAAGAUUCAACAAUCAUUCUCUAUUGAAACCAUCCUAUCUCUUCCUUCACCUGAAGUAAAACAACACAGCUGUCAGAAGACAGCAUUGUGGGCACAGAACAGGCAAAGCCAACAAGAGAACCAAACCAUGGCUGUGUGCAGUUGUUGUUGUUGUGUACAUUCCCAUCAUCAAUCUGCUCAGGAUCCUUCGUGGCUUGCCACACAAUUUCACUGGCCCCUUCAAAUGAUGCAUGCCUUCCCUGAAGAUGGGUCAACACUUGGCCAGAAGACUGCUCCAGAAGUAAAUGCAUUUCCACUUAAUCAGCGCCGAACUCGCCGUCACCGCACUAUAUUCACUGAAGAACAGUUGCAGGCUCUGGAGGAAACUUUCCACCACAACCAGUACCCAGAUGUGAUAGCUCGAGAACAGCUAGCAGGACGAAUCCAGCUUAGAGAAGAGCGAGUGGAGGUAUGGUUUAAAAACCGCAGAGCAAAGUGGAGGAGGCAAAAAAGAGUCACAGCAUCUGUCCUCAUCCUCCAAGGGAAGAAAAACCUGAAUGACUCUUGCUAG